GUUUUCGAUAAAAAUGGCCGAGGAGCUCCGAAUGCGUUUUGCGUUCAUUUCCGGAUCCGUACAGUAUUACUGAAAACGAAAGUAGUCCUGAAAACAGAACAAAAAUGUUGUAAUACUACCCACGAUAUCAAGUAUGGCGGAACAGGACGUAGAAGGGGAAAUAAGUGGGGGUGACAUUGAAGAGGGCGUCAACGUGAUAAACUAUGUCCGAGGAAUCAUUGCUUCACAAAACAAAGAACAUUUUGACAAAAUCGUCAAAGCAGUUGCAAAAGAAGCUACGCAAGAAAGACGAUACAAACAUCUGACGGAACUUAUGAAAAGUUUUGUCAAUGUGGUUGCUUUGAACCUUGGGUUAGGUCUUAAAGAUAAAAAGCAAGUUAUACGCGUAUUUCUGCGAAUGUGGAAUACACCAGAGCUCGCUUCUCUGAUAAUGAAAAACGUUUAUGACGAAGACAACGAUGAAAUGGACGAAGACAACGUUCCUUCUGAAGUGCAUGAGCAAGGUAAAGAUGCUGUCGAUCUGUAUGUUAAAGCCCUCCGCGAUGGAAAGGAGAAGAUAAAUAGAAUCCGUCUGAUGGUUGUUGGAAUGUACCAUGUUGGCAAGACAUCACUCGUAAACAACCUUAUCAAAGAUUUUCGAGGUAAAAGACCGCCAAACUAUCCAGACGGAGAACAAUACCCCCCAAGCACCGAGGGCAUUGAAAUGCAUCGUUGCAGGAUAAAUAAUAAAGGCGAUUGGGUGCUUGACAAACAAGAACCAAAACUCGAGAAACGUAUUGAAGUGGUUGUUGAAAGCUUAUUUUCCAGUAACGAAACUUUAAAAGGCGAACCGAUGGACGUAGGUCAGCCCGACCAACGAACUACAUAUGAACGACAUGAAGAAAUAAUACCAGAGCCAAAUGAUGCUGGAUUUAUCACAGAACAUGAAGUCAAGAAAAACAUUGAAAGAAAUUGGCCUUUACAUCAACCCUACCUUGAUGUCAUAGAUAAAAGAGAGAACAACAAGCAAAAACAAAAGGAAUUGCCCUUGGAAGAGGAAUUCGAUUCUGAAAAAAAAUAUGUAUACAUUUGGGAUUUUGCUGGGCAGAAUAUUUACUACACAACACAUCACUUCUUCCUCAACAAAAGAUCAAUUUAUCUGCUAUUGAUGGACAUGACAAAGGACCUGGACAGUCGUGUAGAAGAAAGUGAUGAUUUCUCGGGCUUGAUGCAUAAAGGGUUUACCUGCUUGGACGCAUUUAAAUUCUGGCUGAAUUCUAUACAUUUGUACAGCUCGAUGCAAGAUCAAGGAGAGGUCGAACCAACAGUUAUAUUGGUUGGAACUCGAAAGGAUAAAAUGAAUUGCAAAGAGGAUGAAAAAGAACAACGGAAAGAUGAACUAUUUGAGAAAGCUCUAGAGUCGUUUAAAGAAACGCCAGCUAUACUGGCACAUAUCCACAGACGAAAAUUUCUUAUUAACAAUCUAGACAGCAACAGCGAGGAUAUACAGAAAUUGCAAACAGAGAUCAAAGAGUUAACAGAAAAGCAAACGUCGUGGGAAGAAACAAUUCCCGCAAAAUGGAUUCAAAUAGAACAAGCUCUAAAUAAAAUGCGCGAUGAUAAAAUGGAACUGGUAUAUAUGAAAGAUGUGGAAGAGGCAUCCAAACAGAAUGCAGUGCAUAUAGAUAAAGAAGGACUUGAGCUUUUUCUAGGCACCCAACACAUGCUUGGAAACAUUUUGUACUUCAAUGAACCGACGAUGAAGGAUUCGAUCAUACUUUCUCCAGAGUGGCUAAUCGAUGUUUUCAAAUGCUUCAUUUCCCACAUCAGCAACAAGAGCGUCCGGAAUACAGCAGAGUGGGCUGAUUAUAAAGAGUUUGCUAUACUGCAUCCAGCUGUACUGAAUGAAAUCUUUGAAAACAGUCAAGUCAAGAUAAACCAGCAUAGAGAUGAUGUUCUUAAGUACAUGGAAUAUUUGGACAUCAUGGCCAAACCGUUUUCGUUUGAGCAGAUUCCUGAACAAGAUUGUAUGGAUGCCUAUUCAGAAGUGGAUAACCUUGCGGGUGCCAAAGAGGUUUUCAUUCAUAGCGAUUUGAAUACGAAAAUAAAGGGCUGUUAUAUUGUCCCAUGCAGGCUUCAAGCAAAGCCAGAAAACCGCCAGAAGCUUGUCUGUCGUGAAGGGAGAAACACUCCCGUAUUGUGCUUUCGUUUUAAAGAUAAGUUUAUGCCACCAGCUUUCUUUCACCGAUUGUUAGCCAUCUGUAUUCAGUCGUAUGAAGUAACGAGAGAGGGGGGUAGGUUUCUGCUAUUCAAUGGCCUUGCUGUGUUCAAUGUAAGCGAUUCCGCUGUUUUGACAAUCUGGUACGAAGAAUACGUGAUAUACAGUAGAAUGACAUUUAUUGCCACUACCAUCGAAAGUACACUGUGUACGCAAAUCAGGCACCGAUUGCACAAAGAAUUGAUGGCAAUCCUCGGACUUUUACCACGCUCCGAGAAAAUCGCCAUGUCGAAACCAUUUGAAGAGUUUAUCCAGUGUCCCAAUGUUUCAGAGCACAACAAAGGUCUUUUGCGAGUGAGUCAAUUUAUAUACGACAAGAGCAUAACUUGCUCAGGGUGUUCCACUUUGCAUCAAAUUGACAGAAAAAUCGCUUUAAACGAAUGGUAUAAAGAAACGUACAACCUGUUACAAGAGGAGGAGUGGAGGCAGCUUGAACGAGUGCCAAGCGAAAGGGAAUUGGUGAAAAUGUCAGAAGAAAUUGGGAAAGAUUGUUGGCUUUUCGGCAUUGAGAUUGGGAUUCCGUAUGUGGACAUGCAAAAUCUGCGAUCACAACAAGAUUGUAAAGACAAUAAUAAAACCUUCAUUUUCAUGUACCUCAUGAAGUGGAAAAAUGAUGUUGAAAAGAAAGGGCACAAACCCACGAUGGCUUUUCUUAGAAAGGCCCAUUUGGCUGUUCGAAACUAAUAAACACAAUUAAGUAGUGUCGAGGUCCCCCUCAGCUUACCCGGCGGAACAUGGAAGGAUACUUCGUGCGAAUAUGAAAAGCUGCCUUGUACAAAUAUAUUAUAAAGUUCAAAAUUUAUGACAAUCGACUUUAAUUGUAUAGUAGAAAUGUACUUUAGUUGUCUAACGUGUAACUAUAAGUACAUGUAUCAACUCUGAGCUCUGAGUAUAUGAACAAACGCAUGAAAAAAGUCGAAGGUAGCAAAUGUUCAAAUAUGUGUUAAAUAGUGUUAAUAGUUUAAUUCCUUUUUAUCUGAAAAAAAAACAACAAUCACGCUUUUAAGAAGUAUAAGACAACGUGAUAGUCUUUAUGCUGAAUUAAUGUAUUUGAAGUGAUUUUUUUUAUAAACAUAUGCCUGUCGGGUUCACACGAGAUCUGCGUGAGUGUAUUCGGCACAACUGCUUUCUUCGUUGCACUUAUUUGCACAACUUAUCGCCCAUGGUGGAAUGUCAAGAUCACACCCACAAUGUCAAAAUAUCUGGCCCCAAUAUCACGAAAAAACUGAAGUCAAAUCUCAAUCUCUACUCAUUUUUCCACAUUGCAGUGUUACAUUAUUAUGUGUUACUGUUUUAAGCUCUUUCUCUUGUGCAUUACGUUGAUUAAAAUCAUUGCUCAAUAUUCUUUAAAUAUUUUUUUAUCUAUAUAGCACAAAGUGUACUUGUGUAAAACUCAAAAAUAAUAAAUUUGACUCAAGUACAGUUUUUGCUCUCAAAUAUUUUAAAUAUAUGCAAAGCUGUUCUGAGAUCAAAUGAGACUGAGAUUGAGAUUUGACUUAAGUAUUUUUGUGAUAUUGGGGUCAUGAAUCAUGCAAAAAUGGAUGAAAGUAGGUCAUAAAACUAGUUCUAAAUGGUGUAGGCUUAUGUACAACAUGUUUAGAAACGUUACUGUUAUAGGUCUGUAGUAGCAUAAUAUUACCGUGACAAAAAUGUGUGUGCGUGCGUGGGUGCGCGAUUGUGUGACCGAUGCAAGACCAUGAGGCUCCAGCUUGAAGUUCAAGGUCACACACUAAUGACAGAUAUGAAUAUAACGUAGUGUUGAACAUAGGGUACAGACAAGUGUGAGUUCAACUGAAUUUGGUAUACAUCACCAUAAAGAACUAUAAUAAGAACUCUAUGUUCUAAAUCAGCCACUAUACAUGUAUGCUCAUGAUGCGAUUCAAAUAUAAGUGGUCGUAUCUUUGCUGUUAUUUGUAUGCCAGAAGUCAAUUUCAAUGUUUCAUUGUAUCCCAUUUGUUUCACAGACAUGUUCAAAUUUGCAUUUCUAAACUAGUAUGUUAUGUAUUAUGUGUUUUAUAAUUGUCUUCAACGGUUGGAAUAAUGAUUGCAGUGGUUAUUUUGCGGUUAGUUAUUUAAGUUCAGUAUUUUGAAGAUUUUUAUCUUAUAACUAAGGUGGCAUAGAGGUGCCAUACGUGUUAUAUUUUAUCUCAUUGACACGACUUACGUAUAUUGUAAAACCACUUUGGAACUCAUUUAAACAACUUUGUAAAUCGUUUUUAGACUACUGACGUACCUCGUUUAAAUGAGCAAAUAUUUCAGCACAUAUGUAUAAAUAUACAAAAGUGUUGGGCCACAAGUUAUUACAACGUUAGAAAUCGGCCCUCCCCGUAUCUCGUUAAAACGACUUAGUAAAUCUUUGAAACAAUUUGGUAUCCUUUAAAACGACAUGCGUAUCUCGUUAAAGCAAUUGUUUUCUUGUUUAAAUGACGAGCGUAUGUAGUUAAAACGACAUGCGUAUCUCGUUAAAGCAAUUGUUUUCUUGUUUAAAUGACGUGUGUAUGUAGUUAAAACGACAUGCGUAUCUCGUUAAAGCAAUUUUUAUCUCGUUUAAACGACUUGCGUAUGUAGAUAAAACGAUUGACAUAUCUCAUUAUGGCCAAUCGGAAUCGCAUGAUAAUACUCGCGACCAGGCAUUAUGCGACCAGGCAUUAAGCGCGGUAAAUGGGCGAUUAUGUCGUUUAAACAAGAUAUGGAAGGCGUUUAAAAAGAUACUUAGUGGUUUAACAGUAUACUUAGGCUGUUCAAAUCGUCAGUUUAAGUCGAUUUAACGAGAAACUCAAGUUGUUCGCAUACAAUACACAAGUCGUUUUAACGAAUUACAGUCGUUUUAACGCGAAACAUUUUCGGUCAUUUUAACGAGAUAAGUAAACCCCACAUGUCACCAUUCUUUUUAUAUUGGUCAUCUAACAAUGAUUAUACAUUUCAUUUGUCUAGUAUCAGUGUUUAUGGGUAUGGGUUGUGCAAAAAUAAAAGGGGAGCCCCGGCACGGCGGCGUCCCCGGUGCCCGGCGCGAGCGCGCUGAUGAUCGUAGCGCGCGCAAACUCGGGUCGGUUCGGCCGCCGCGCGGAGCUCCCAAUUUUCAACUUUCCAAAGACCCAUUCAGCUACAACCUGUUUUGUGAAAUCGAACAACUGAUAUGCUCGAGCGGUUGGCGGCCGUUUUAUUAGCGCUGCAUUGUGUGACCUUGCCGCCCAGUGCGUCACUUGAACUUCUCACAUGGCCAGUCGACUUCACGACUUUUUAUUGUUUUCAAGUACUUUAGAAAAUGCCUUUCAGAUCAUUGCUAUUUAGCGGAACAUGUAGACUCAUGGGUGUUAAGGUUUUCAAACAUUUGACACCGUGACCAUCUUUUUGAACAAAUAUCACCCAUAUGAUCUUUAUGACCGCAUAACGACCUGUAAACUUUCUAUAUUGGACGAGUGAUUAUUCUUAUGAAGUUAAUGCAAAUCAAAGCAAGAUUGUUUGUAUUAUUAUUUAUUUUCACAUUAUUUAUGUACAUACUAACUAAGAUGUUUGCACAUAAUCGGAAUAAAAACUCUGACAUCAUG